AUGGCUGGUGAGGGCCACGACCGCAAGCAGCGGGAGGUGCGCAUGUCGCUGCCCAGCGCUGAGCGUGCGUGGGCGCCAUACGUCGACUUCCUCAAGACCGCAUCAUCGCGAUGUGAUCCAGCGAUGUGGUGCGCGACAUCCACCGAAGCGCGGCGUGACAUGGUGUGGGUCGGUGCCGAUGCCCACGCAUGGCGGAGCUUCUUGCUGCCCUCCAUCGACCAUCAGCGUCUACGGCUGAGGGCCGUGUCGAUGCUCGGCACCCUCGGCCUCGCCGGUAGCGCCGGUCACUCCAGCUCGUGCAGGCACGCGACGCUGUCAGUGGAGGAGAUGAUGAAGGGCAACAAUGACCAUGCCCCUGAAGCUCCGCACGUCGACGCUGAUGCCGCCCAACAAGCCUGA